AUGAAGGACCAAUUUGAUUCAUAUUAUGCUAAAAAGUAUACAGUCAAAGAAAGAAAUAAGGUAUGGGAAAUUGUUGCGAAAAAACAUCUAACUAUUUUCCAGCCCUUUAUUAAACUUCUUAAUAGGCAGAGCCCAAACUCUUCAAAUCAUAAAGAUAUGAACCAAAAUUAUGACAUUGUGCCUUAUCCAAAUAUUCCAGAAAACACUGAGUUUCGCUCUUUAAAUUAUGCUAUUAAAGUAUAUCAAGGAGCACAAAUAACCCGAAAUUGGCCUAAUCCUUUUGAGGUGGAUUUUCUCAAAAUAGAACCUAAUGAUGUCGCAACUAUUUUAUGUAGGAUAGGCGACUUGAUAAUAGCCCAUGCAAUUCUAGAUACCGGUGCAGAUGAUUCAUUGUUUACAGAUAACAUUCCUGAGUAUUUAGGGAUAAAAAUAGAUAAGAAAAAUGUUCACAAACUUACUGGCACAGUUGGAGAUUCUCAAUCCAUUGGUACUUCAUAUAAUGUUCCUAUAACCAUAGGCACUGAAGAAGAUUUUAUAACAGUUAUUGAAAAAGAAAUAUCUGUAAUCCCUACAAAAAAAGAUUGA